GGGGGUGUCUCGUGACUUGACGCUUUGAAAGAUCAAUCAUGAGAAAUUUGACAAUCAAUACUUAACAAAAGUAAUAUUUUUCAUUACAACUUAAGCUUGAGUCUAAAAUUUUUGAUUUCAUGCUCAUCAAGUGUUUUUCUCGCCGUGCGUAGAAAAGACUCAGACAAGUUCAUUCGUUUUUGGUUAUGUGAUUGUUGCUAUUCGGCAACUAUUUAUAUUCAACAAUAAAUAAAAAUGACUUCGCGAAAAGAAUCAACUGAACUGCAAGUGUUCAAAACAGUCCUUAUUCAUUGUAUAAUAAUCAUUGCAUGUCCUGUGUUAUCAUUUUUUGGAAGCAAAGUUUUUAUUUUUGAUGGUUUGUUGAACCUGAGCGCCGUAUCAAGCAAUGUUUAUGCCGCUCUCACGGCAGUUAUAGUGCUUCACGUUGCUCUUGGAAUGUUUAUAUACAGAGCAUACUUUGACUCACCAACCAAGGCGCCUUGGAAGGCAGAUUAAUCGUCUUUUUUUUACAUGCAUUUGAAUAAGAUAACUAAUAUAUAUUAUUAAAGAAAUAAUGGAAAAAAUA